AUGUGGGCACUUAAGAAGCUAAAUUUGGAUUGGGGCGCCACAUCAAGUCAAAGAAUGAAUGAGCUGAACGAGCUCGAUGAGUUUUGCCUGAAAGAAUAUGAAUGUUCAGCCUUGUACAAGGAGAAUAUGAAGAAGUACCAUGAUAAAAAAAUCGACAAGCGUGAACUUUCUCCUGAUGAUCUGGUGCUAUUAUUUAACUCAAGGUUGCGCUUAUUUCCUGGCAAACUCAAGUCCAAGUGGACUGGGCCAUUCAAAGUAACUAAAGUAUUUCCCCACAGAGCUGUUGAACUUGAAAACAAGGAAGGAAUGAGGUUCAAGGUGAACGGUCAGCAGAUAAAGAUCUACUUGGGGCAAUAUGAGAGUGUCAAUAAGAUGAUAGAGAUAUGGGAUCUUGAUGAAGUCUGA